UAAAAUUACGAGUAUGUUAAAUGGUCUCUUAAAUGAGCUCAGUUAUAUAAUGUUUUAUACAUGCGCGGAGUUGAUUAAUGCGUUUUUGAACUUUUAACGUAAUGAAUUAUUGAAGUGCUUAUAAAUAUUUAAGUCUGAAACUGCUAUUUAUGAUCUGUUUUAAUUUGGUUGCCAGCUUAUUUCAAUUGAACAUUUUUUUUAGAUACAUUUUAUAAUUUUCAGUUUUUUCUUUUUUUCUUUCUUUACACUAGUUAGUAAUUUUUUACAUUACAGAACAAUCCCACUUUUUGCCUCUAGGUGAAAUUGUCUCGUCUUCUAUUGUGGGUGCGCACUUUGUUGGCUGCCCGAUGUCUUGAUACGGGGUCUCCACCUGACCGACCGGGUCAGUUAUUCCACGGGCUUGAAGGCGAGCGGUUCCAGUUACCCCGCAAUCCACUAGGUUGAAACUAUCGAUGGCUGCUGCUGCUGUUGCCACUCCGGGGGCCACGACGCUCCCCCCAUCGGGACCCGCUGCUCCCCAAGGAGCGAAGGCUCCUGCGACUGGAGCCGGGACGGCGGGGAAGGGCCCUGCAAAUCUGCUGGAGAUCACGGGAGAGGCCAACAUUGUCAACUACAUGAAGAAUCGACUGCGGAAGGGUGCUAUGAAGCGCAAGGGUCUCGAGAUGGUCAACGGCCACAAGUUCGGAGUGAGGUUCUUCAAGAAUCCCACCUACUGCGGUCACUGCAGGGAUUUCAUCUGGGGCUUUGGCAAGCAAGGUUUUCAGUGCGAGGAAUGCCGCUUCAAUAUCCACCAGAAGUGCUGCAAGUUCGUGGUGUUCAAGUGUCCUGGAAAGGACACGGACUUCGACGCAGACUGUGCCAAGGUGAAGCACGGGUGGAUCUCCACCACCUACACCACGCCCACUUUCUGCGACGAGUGCGGCCUGCUGCUCCAUGGAGUGGCCCAUCAGGGCCUCAAGUGCGAGAAUUGCAACCUCAAUGUGCACCACUCGUGCAAGGAGACCGUGCCACCGAUGUGUGGCGCGGAUAUCAGCGAGGUGCGCGGCAAGCUGCUGCUCUACGUGGAGCUCAAGGGCAACAACCUGAAAGUGGACAUCAAGGAGGCGGCCAACCUUAUUCCCAUGGAUACAAAUGGCUUCAGCGAUCCCUACAUCGCAGUGCAAAUGCAUCCGGAUCGUUCGGGUCGCACCAAAAAGAAGACCAAGACCAUUCAGAAGAACCUCAACCCGGUCUUCAACGAGACCUUUACCUUUGAAUUGCAGCAGCAGGAUCGCGACAAGCGCUUGCUCAUCGAGGUCUGGGAUUGGGAUCGAACUUCCCGUAAUGACUUCAUGGGCUCCUUCUCCUUCAGUCUGGAGGAGCUGCAAAAGGAGCCCGUUGACGGAUGGUACAAGUUCCUCUCCCAAGUGGAGGGCGAGCACUACAACAUUCCCUGUGUGGAUGCCUUCAACGACAUAGCUCGCCUACGCGAUGAAGUCAAGCAUGAUCGACGUCCCAAUGACAAGCGCCGAAUGGACAACAAGGACAUGCCGCAUAACAUGAGCAAACGCGACAUGAUUCGAGCAGCUGACUUCAACUUUGUCAAGACAAUUGGCAAGGGAUCCUUUGGCAAAGUCCUGUUGGCCGAGCGUCGUGGCACUGACGAGCUGUAUGCCGUGAAGGUCCUGCGCAAGGAUGUCAUCAUUCAAACGGACGAUAUGGAGCUGCCCAUGAAUGAGAAGAGGAUCCUGGCUCUCUCCGGUCGUCCCCCAUUCCUUGUUUCCAUGCACUCCUGUUUCCAAACUAUGGACCGAUUGUUCUUCGUAAUGGAGUACUGCAAAGGCGGGGAUCUCAUGUAUCAUAUGCAGCAGUACGGAAGGUUCAAGGAGUCAGUGGCUAUUUUCUACGCUGUGGAGAUAGCCAUAGCUUUGUUUUUCUUGCACGAGCGUGACAUUAUCUACAGGGAUCUGAAGCUGGACAAUAUUUUACUGGAUGGCGAGGGACAUGUGAAACUAGUGGACUUUGGCCUGAGCAAGGAGGGGGUGACUGAGCGUCAGGCUACACGCACUUUUUGUGGCACUCCCAACUACAUGGCACCUGAAAUCGUUAGCUAUGAUGCUUACUCCACCGCCGCUGAUUGGUGGUCUUUCGGAGUUCUGCUUUUUGAAUUCAUGGCAGGUCAGGCUCCUUUUGAAGGCGAUGAUGACAAUGCCGUCUUCAGGAAUAUUAAGGAGAAGAAGGCCGUCUUCCCGAAGCACUUUACUGCAGAGGCCAUGGAUAUAAUAACCAGCUUCUUGACCAAGAAGCCCAACAAUCGCUUGGGCGCCGGACGUUAUGCCAGACAGGAAAUCACCACGCAUCCUUUCUUCGCAAGUAUCGACUGGGAAAAAGCAGAGGCUGGAGAAAUGGAUCCCCCCAUCAAACCUAAAAUUAAACAUCGCAAGGACAUUAGCAACUUUGAUGACGCCUUCACCAAGGAGAAGACGGAUUUGACACCCACAGACAAGCUUUUCAUGAUGAACUUGGACCAGAACGAUUUUAUUGGAUUUUCCUUCAUGAAUCCCGAGUUCAUAACCAUUAUUUAAGAGCGAUCUAAAAAGCUCUAAAUGAAAUCCUGGAAAACUACAGGCUCUAUGCUUAAUAUAAUAAACUUUAUUUUGUCCUGAGGUUGAAUCCUAAUAAAGUUUACUCGAAAGCUCUAAA